GCCGGCUAGGCAGACACACAAGUCGUUAAAAGGCAUCAGGCAGCCUAACAAACUCAAAAAAACAAGUGUACCUACCAAAAUUAUAAGUUACGACGCGAUAAUUAUUGUAAAUGGGUGCACAGCUAGUUAUUACUCCACCAGCGAAACGUACCCAUUCCGCCGAUCAUACGAUUAACGAACGACUGUGCUUGAAGAUUAAUAAUAGAGGUUGUAUAAUAUAAAGUUGCGUAAUGUUGCAGAGAGAGUGUUGGACUGUUGGACCACGAUACUUCCGAAAUGAAGUUUUGAGUAGCCGCAGGCGUGAGGUCUGCAAGUCAGGCAAGUGUUGCAACUGGCUCUCCAGUCGCCAUCCGAUGGUUGACUCGCGCAGUCGCGCCGCGCAGCGCUUGAUUGCCACACUACCAUAAAACCUGAUGAAAUUCAAACCUCACGUUAUUUCCAACCAAUAUGUGAUACAUUUGACUUUAUUACUACGUUCGUGUGUACAAGUUUAAAAAGUUAUACGUAAAACAUGGAGGCCGACAAGAAGUUGAUUGACUCUCACAGUGUCGACAUAAAGAAGCCAAAUUACAUGCUGAUGUCCUUGCAAAGGAUAUUGUUGUUGAUCUUGAUAUUUGCUAGUGUCAUUGUGGUUGUGUACUACACUCCUAUGCCAGAGGAAUAUUUCGAGAAUUGCGACAGAGAAUGUCACGAGCUGGACUGGCCAAUGAUAUGUCGCGUGAAGCUAGUCGUAGAAGUGUACAAGACACUUAGCAAAUCAUGUGGUAGCUGUACAGAGAAGGACGGCGGAGUAUGUCCGCCGAUGUGUAUAUCAGCUGAUGGCCGCGAGCGUGGAGUGUUGUCUGCGAACAGGGCGCUGCCUGCACCAGCCUUCCACGUCUGCCAGAACGACAUACUCGUCGUUGACGUGGUGCACCGAGCACCCGCGCAUGCACUCUCCAUACACUGGCGGGGACAGCCGCAGAAAGAAACCCCAUUCAUGGACGGAGCUCCCAUGCUGACUCAGUGCCCUCAACCAGCCUACACAACAUUCCAAUACAAAUUCCGCGCCUCAGAAGCGGGCACGCACAUGUAUCAUGCGCACUCUGCCGCAGACGCCGCUGACGGCCUCGCUGGAGCGUUCAUCGUGCGACAAUCUCCUCGCCGUGAGCCCUUGAGAGAAUUAUAUGACGUAGAUGCCACCGAACACACUAUCUUUGUCUCCGAAUGGGGACACUCAAUGGGGCCCCUCGCAGGCAUGACAAACAGUGUUCCUAAUGCCGAAUCUCUUCUUAUAAAUGGCAAAGGAAAGACAGCGGAAUCGCCUGACGCUCCUUUAUCGAAAUUCAAGAUCGAAUUCGGGAAAAGGUACCGAUUCCGUUUAGCUUAUGGUGGUGGAACGAAGAGCUGUCCUGUUAAGUUCUCGAUUGAUGAACAUGCCAUUGAUCUCGUAGCGUUAGAUGGCCAUAUAAUAGAAAAAGAACGUGUGAAUGCAAUUGUGCUGAGUAGAGGAGAGCGCGCAGACUUCAUUUUGGAUGCGAAGAGAGCUCCUGGAGUGUACAAAAUGAGGGUUGUGGGUGAGAAGUGGUGCCAGGAAGAUUUAGAAGGCGAAGCUGAGUUGGAGUAUGAUAAGAAGGACACUAAAGUGCUGUUGAAGGACGAUGAUGGAGUUUUAGAAGUGAAGCGUGAAUUCUCGUCAUUCAGUGGUGACCGAUGCAAGCUGGGUAGUGUGUUGUGUUUGGACGAGGUGCAUGCUGCUGAAAAACUUUCGCCAGAACUCGCCGGCCAAGUGGAUAAAACAAUUUAUGUGCCUUUUAAUUACUCGACGAGGCAGAUUUCGGCGAAACGAGUGGAGAGUUGGGGUCAGACAGAUGGCCACAGGUUCACCUACCCGGCAUCGCCGCUACUCACUCAGGGUCCAGAUGUGACGUCAGCCGCGCUCUGUCCGAAUGAGGGCGGGCAGGGCGAGGAGUGCGUCCACGUCAAGAAUGUGCCACUGGGAUCCACUGUUGAGCUUGUCAUGUUUGAUCAAGGCGGCGAAUCUGACCACAUCUUCCACCUUCACGGCUACAGUUUUCACGUCGUCGGCAUCCGAGAGUUCGACGGCAGUUCCGAUAAAGACACCAUCAUCAAGAUGAACGAACAAGGCACUCUCUUCGAACACAAGAACCUCGUGGACCCUGUAGUAAAGGACACCAUAGUGAUACCUAAAUUCGGAGCAGUCGCUCUUAGGUUCAAGGCUGACAACCCUGGGUAUUGGAUGAUGAGGGACGAAAGGUCCUCCCACUGGACGAGAGGUCUAGACUUCAUUCUGAAGGUGGGUGAGGAUAGGGACUUCGUGCAAGCUCCUUCCGACUUCCCCAAAUGUGGUUCCUAUGUUGGUCCUGAGUAUUUCUUGAUAUAGGAGUGGUAGUACUAAAGACUGCUAAGUAUACGAUGCCUUGUGAUAGUCUUUGAGUGGUGCCAGUUGUAGAACAAUAACUUUGCCAGUGUCUAAUGAUUUGAGUGAUAUAGUUAUGAGAAUCACGAGUGUUAUUUAAAUGAGAAACUGAAAGGAAAUCUCAAGACAAAGGAAAGUAGACUGUAUAACAUUUCAAUAUGACUGGGUACUGUGUAAGAUAAUAUUAAAGUAAAUAAAAGGAACAUGUUUUUGGUCCAAUGCUUUCUGCAAUACUUUGUCCAAUCUUUUAAAAACCUCUCACAAAUAAAUAGUAUAUAAAAGAAGAUCAAACAUUGUUUAUAAAUGAAUGCUCAAUUUAUGAAUAAAAAUAUAUUUAUUUUUACAUUUUGUGAUACUAUUUGUUUAGGCUCAUCUUUGUGUUAUUUGUAGGCGUUUUUAUUUUGAAACAUUUUAUGAAUUUGUAUUCAGUAAAGUGAAUUUGUAAAUUGUGUUUCAAACAUGGUCUAUAAUAGUCAAAAUAAUAAUAUUGUGGACAUUGAAGUUUUUGGACGAGACGAAUCUAUUCUAGUGUAGAAAACGACGUGAUACAUGACAUAGUUAAUUAAUAUAAAUUGCGUAAGUUAUAUUUAGUCUGUAAUUUAUGUAAAUAAAGUACUUCUUUUUA